AGCUGUCCAAUCAGGCGCGCGGACGGAGGGGCGGGGCGGGCUUCCGCGGUCUCGCGCGCUUUCCUUGCUCAGCGCUCAGCUCCUUCCUCCCCGCCGGGGGUCCUGUGCUCGGGCGUCUCCGCUAACUCUGCGCAGCCUGUGCGCCCUACGAGCCCCGGAGGUCCCUCGGGAGGACGGCGGGUCACCCCGGAGGAAGCAAGGAGGAGCCACCUGGGCUGCAUGCACUGAGAGUGGUCCCCAAGGCUGGGAGUGUGCUCAGCCACCAAGCGCGGGUUCCUGGUGAACUGCGGUGACAGGCUGCUUCCCUGAGCUGGGUCCUGUGUCCUCCAUCAGAUCUGCUGCCAUUCAGUUCCAGUUUGUCCCCAAGCACCUCAGAAUCCAUCUCCAGGACUGGGUCUCCUCUGCUGUGUGAGGCCCCAGUGGCUCUGGCUGAGACUGUCUCCCUGUGAGCUGCAGGUGCUGUGAGAUCCCCAGGAAGGAUGUCUGGACUCCCCAGAAGGCAGGAAAUGAUGCAGUCACACUGUGAGUCCACGUUGUACCUUGUGAAGUUUGGGGUUUACGUAGACCUUCAGAACUCAGUGGCCUUCGAGGAUGUGGCUGUGAACUUCACCAAGGAAGAGUGGGCUUUGCUGGAUCCUUCCCAGAAGAAUCUCUACAGAGAUGUGAUGCAGGAAGUCCUUAGAAAUCUGGCUUCUCUAGGUGACAGAUGGGAGUUCCAGAACAUUGAAGAUCAGAACACAAUUGCCAAGAGAGAUGUAAGGCCCAUUAUAUCUCAUUCUGCAAACAAAGCAUAUGAGAAAAAGGAGAGUGGAGGGAAGACAUAUAAACUUAAACAGAACAGAAAAACCUUCAUUCCUCUCACGAGUGUUCCAAGACAUGUGUCAGAGCACACUGUAAAUGGACCUUAUGGAUGUUUGACAUGGGGAAGAGAGUUGAGUUCCAGUUUUCAAGAAUAUGGAGGAUCUCAUACUGGGGAGAAUCCAUGUGAAUGUAAGGAACUUGGGAAAGGCUUCUCUGGUUCAAAUUACUUUCAAAUAGAUGUACAAACUCAUACUGGAGAAUUGCACCCGGUCUGUGCCCUAAAUGCAAAAGGGACAGACACUGGGGAGCUGAUCAUCCCGCCAUCCGAGCGCGGUUUCCUUGCUCAGCGCUCAGCUCCUUCUUCCGGGCCGGGCGUCCUGUGCUCGGGCGUCACCGCUGACUCUGCGCAGCCUGUGCGCCCCGCGAGCCCCGGAGGUCCCUCGGGAGGACGGCGGGUCACCCCGGAGGAAGUAAGGUGCGUGUGCGGCCGGGGCUGGGGGGACCCGGUCAGCACGUGCCGUGGGGACCCGGCGUGUGAGCUGCGGAGCGUGGCCGAAUCCGGCUGCGGUGGCCCUGGGGCCUGUCCCCUGGUCCCGGUGGUGGGCUGGACGGGGUCGCCGAGGGCGGCUGCCUAG